UGCUACUUGCUCUUAUUUACUUGGCGAGCUAGCAAACCUGGAUAUAGCAAACAUCGUCUAAGGAAUUUGAAACGCGUCGCGGAUACAUUUUGACACCAUUUCUUUUGUAGAAUCUUUUUCUACAACGUAAAAUUGAAUUAUCUUUAUAAUUUUGUGCAGCUACCACCGAUAUAACCGUGAUAUAUUUUUGGGUAGUGUUUUUCCCUUCAUUCAAGAGCUAAAUAUAGAACGAUGAACUUACAAACCAGGUUCACGAAAGCAUUAGAUGUUGGUUACAAGAAUUUUCUAUCAAGAGAUGCUGUUAAAACCAUCUUUUCUUACGAUAAUCGUUUGAGGGAAGAGCUACACAAAGAAUGCAAGUUACACCAGAUUCCUUACAAAGUUCCUUCCGACUUAAUGGUUCAGAACGUAAAUGAUCCAAGAAAAACCAAGGUUUUUAACUACUCUAGUCAGUUAGUCAACCAUGACUUCUUCUUUUCUGGUAUAAUUUCUCAGGAUCGAUUUUCUGAGGAUGCUGAUCUUGGAGCAGUAAAUUUAAAGCCGGGAAUCGAUGCAUCCUUUGGAUCUUUCAAUGAACUUCGUACUCAGCUAAUUGAAGUUGGCAACUCUAUUUUUGGCGAUGGAUGGCUAUGGCUAGUGUAUAGUCCCGAGCGCUCUCUCUUUUCUCUACUUUGUACUUACAAUGCGUCCAACGCUUUUUUAUGGGGAACAGAAUUUCCUAAAACCAGGACAAAAGAAAUAGUUCCAUUAUUAUGCGUUAACCUAUGGCAGUAUGCUUACUUACAAGAUUAUGGCAUUAAUAACAAGGAAAAAUACAUCUCCAAUUGGUGGAACUUGAUUAAUUGGUCAGUUGUGAAUAAUCGAUUCCAAGCCAGCCGUAUGGAACCACUUUGAGUUUCUUUGAUACAAAUUUUAUUUUUGGCAAGAGAUUAGCAUAAGCAAGAGUUGGAAUAAAUUAAUGCUCAAUUCUCACGAAAGGACCCCAACCUUGCUGCACCAUUACCUUUCCCAUUCCUAGUUCAGUGUGAAGUAUAAUCUGUAAUAAAAUUGGCAAGAAUGGAAUUUUUUGCAAUAUAGGAAAGCGCUUCUCAAACUUAAUAAAAACGGCAUUUAUCGCAAACUGAAAAAGUAUUCCUGGGUUCGAAUGACCUAUGACACUCCAGAAAGCAAAAUCAUGGUACAGACCUGAAACAAGAAAAGCGGCUAAACUUCCUAGAAAUUUGCUCUUGGUGAGCUUGUAAACAGGUUCCCAUCCUAGUGUUCGGAAGUAUGGCUUGGUCCAUACAUGCCAGUCUCUCGACCAGAAAUCGUGAACCGAUUUCGUCUUGAUUAGAUUUUUCAUCAAUGGUGGAAAGUCGCGUAUGUCCCAAAUUCUAAGUGGAAUACUAAGUACAGUCAUCGUAUAAUAACAGUUAUUCAAAACCAAAUAAACGUAAAGUGAUCUAAUAAAAGGGAGAAGUAAACGUAA